GGCGGCGGCGGCUGCGGAGCGAUGUGAGGCGCCGCGGGCCGGAGCGUCCUCCGGACACGCCUGCUCCGCGAGCGCGGCGUCCCGCGCGCCAGGAACACUGUGACGGCUGAAGACAGGACAGGUACACAGCUCAUCUUGGCCUCCAGCACAGUGCCAGGCCCACAAGCCUGUCCUGCAGGACACCAUGGCGGCCAAGCAGCCCCCACCGCUCAUGAAGAAGCACAGCCAGACAGACCUUGUGAGCCGCCUGAAGACCCGGAAGAUCCUGGGCGUGGGUGGGGAGGAUGACGACGGGGAGGUGCACCGCUCCAAGAUCAGCCAGGUCUUGGGCAAUGAGAUCAAGUUCACUGUGCGGGAGCCUUUGGGACUCAGGCUCUGGCAGUUUCUUUCUGCUGUGCUUUUCACUGGCAUGGCCAUCAUGGCGCUCGCUCUUCCCGACCAGCUGUUCGAUGUGGUAUUUGAUGGGGUGGAGGUCACCAGCAAGACGCCCAUCCGCCUUUAUGGUGGCGCCCUCCUCAGCAUCUCCCUCAUCAUGUGGAAUGCACUCUACACGGCCGAGAAGGUCAUCAUCCGCUGGACUCUCCUCACAGAAGCCUGCUACUUUGGGGUGCAGUUCUUGGUGGUCACUGCCACAGUAGCUGAGAUGGGCCUCACGUCCCUGGGAACCCUGCUGCUCCUGGCCACGCGCCUGCUCUUCGUUGCUGUCUGCAUCUACUACUAUUACCAAGUCGGCCGGAAACCCAAGAAAGUGUAGCGGGCUGGGACCUGCCUGCCUGCCUGGCUUGGGGUGGCUGAGGGCCCUCACUCCCCUUGGGCCCCAGGCAGGCAGGGUGCAGGCACCUUCCUUCCAGUCCUCCGGGAGACUUCCUGGAGGGAGAUGGAGGCUUCUUGGGCUUCUAGGGACGAAAUGGCAGAUUGGGGCGAAGCAGGGGCCUCGGGACCCCAUGCCUCACCCCACACAGGGAAGUCUCCUUGUCUGGGCUCUCAUGGCCUCCAGACUGAAAGAGUCUUGGUGGAGCGCCAGGGUGUGGGCCGAGCAGGUCAGUCACCUCUGCCAAGACCAGGAAGCCCUUGUCUCUCUGAGGCGCCACGUCCCCCCACCCCCUUCAGCCCAGCCCCAGCAAUGGGUCUUGCUUCUCUCCAUCUAGAAAUGGGAGAACUUGACCUUGUGUCCCUCCCCAGUCUGGGCCUCCCAUAUGUGAGGCCUUCACCCCUGAACACGCACCUGCAUGCGCACGCGCACACCUAACCAAGGCCAGCAGGUGGAGGUGCUGCCCUCACGGGGGUACCUCCUUUGGGCCGUUCCAUGAGGAGUCGCUACUGGACAGAAGCCCCAUUCCCACCCCUGAUUUGCUCACUGGACCCUCUCUCAGGCUCCUGGGCACUCUGGUCCUCGGGUUGCCUGCACCACAGGCUUGGGUGAGACACUGUGCCUCCAUCCCUGACAGGUGAGCACCAAGCAGGUGGGGGAUCCUUGGAGGAUCCUUGGAGGUGAGGGGUUUGUAGUCAAAGCAAAGCCAGGCAGUGGCAUCUCCUUCACGCAUCCUCCAAGACCAGUGUUCCUUUGGUUCAGUCCGUCACCAAGCCACUGUUCUUAGGGGUGGUGUGUGGGUCCACUGAUGACCCUGAAGGUCUCUUGGGUAGAGCCUAGCACCCUCAGAUUCUGCACACAGAAAGCAAACAGAAGUGGUUUAGUCAGUGUCCACUUGUGUCUCUUCCCUCCACAUCCUUCAGAAGGUGACAGUGGCUGAAAAUCCCUGGUAUCUAUGUGGCACCACCGCUUCUUCCUGGAUCCCCACACUGUCCUCCCCAAGCAGCAAGGCAUCUGAGCAGUGGCCACUCUGCAGACAUGCAGAGAGAAGGGGCCUUCCAGAAUGGGGCAGUCUUCCCCUGUCCACACAGGGCCUUGCAGCUGGCCCUCCAGACAUGUCCCAAUGACAGUGGCCUGUGUCUGGCAGAUGGGGCGCCAUGGUGGUCACACAGUAGAGGACAGGCUUGGUGUGGCCCAAGCUGCUGCUAUAGCCAUGCUCUAGCCCAGCAACACGCUGACCAGUGCCCUGAAGGGAGGCCCUUCCUGCUUUCCUGGCACCCACAGCUGCAGAGACCUGAGCAGGCCAAGGCUCUUCCACCUCCCGGCACUCCUUCAGCCACAUGUUUGCCAGGCAUGAAGAUCUGGGGGCUCCAUCCGUAGCAGUGAUGUUCUUUUCCUCUUGGAUCAUCGGGGCACGUGGGUAGAGUCCCCAGUGAGGUGGGUGGGGAAGCAGAAGACAGGAGAUGUGCUUGACUCUAGCCUUCCACAGUGCCCCUUGGAGUGGUGGCCAGGUCACGCUGGGCCAUGGCUGACCAGCUGGAGCUUCCUAGUUACGUGGUAGAGACUUGGGGCCCCAGGGCCGAGGUCAUACAGGGAUCGGCCGGCAGGCAUGUGGCCUGGGAGGAUAGCACCCUAAGGCAGGGAGGACUCGCACUUGGGAAGGGGGCAGUGGCAGAGAGGAAGGCUGGGUGCGUCCACCCUGCAUCGGAGCGCUGGGUGCCCCAGUCACCCCUCCUGCUUCCUCUCGCCAAGCUUCUGCCUCAGCCGCCUCUCCCAACCCUAGCCAAGACCACUUCUACUAUGGUCACUAUUUAUUCUUUGUUCCUUUUUCUUUUUGUAAGAAAGCCACAAAAGAAAAACCCAGUUGUGAAACCA